UUUUAUUCAGACUGUUCUUUGCCGCAUGAUAAGGGUGUUUCAUGCUCUGGCACCAACUCUCCAAACCAAAAUUCAAAACAAUUUUAUUACAAUUCACAGACCGGUUUUUACCUAUUUUUUAAAUCUCAAAAAAGUUUAAAGGUCUUUGUCAACCUUUUAUUUACAAUGGAUGUGAAGGAAACGAUAAUCGUUUCGAAUCUGCUAGUGCCUGCAGAAAGGCUUGUAGUAGCAGUGAAAAGAGGGAUCCGUGGGUUUUAGCUAAACGUUGCAACGCUUCUUACCUCAUCCCUGACGGCAACUAUAUUGAAUGCCCUAAAGAAGGCGGAGGUGGUUGCCCGGAAGGGCAUGAAUGCUCUCGUCAAAAAGGUGUUUGCUGCCCUACAAAAAGUUGUUUUUAAAGAAAAAAUUAAAAAUUUUCUCUUCAGAAUUUUUGUGUUCACUCCCCGACGAUUCCGGCACUUUUGCUGAAGGAGUUCCAGAUAAGCCUAGAUUCGCCUGGAGUUCUCAAGUUAAUUCUUGUUGGCGUUUUUCUUAUUAUGGAGCUAAAGGGAAUUAUAAUAAUUUCCCCAAUUUUCAAGAAUGCGUGAAUUUUUGUGGAAAUGAAAAAUAA